CAGGAGGAAACAGUGACAGACCUGGAGACUGCAGCUCUGUACCCCUCGCACAGCUCCUUCACCAUGCCUGGGUCACUUCCCUUGAACGCAGAAGCCUGCUGGCCAAAGGAUGUGGGGAUUGUUGCCCUGGAGAUCUAUUUUCCUUCUCAGUAUGUUGACCAAACAGAGUUGGAAAAAUACGAUGGUGUAGAUGCUGGGAAGUAUACGAUUGGCUUGGGCCAGGCCAAGAUGGGCUUCUGCACAGACAGAGAAGACAUCAACUCUCUCUGCCUGACUGUGGUUCAGAAUCUGAUGGAGAGAAAUGGCCUUUCCUACGAUUGCAUUGGGCGGCUUGAGGUUGGAACGGAGACGAUCAUCGACAAGUCGAAGUCCGUGAAGUCGAACCUGAUGCAGCUCUUUGAGGAGUCUGGGAAUACAGACAUAGAGGGAAUAGACACCACGAACGCCUGCUACGGGGGCACGGCUGCCGUCUUCAAUGCCGUCAACUGGAUCGAGUCCAGCUCCUGGGACGGCCGUUAUGCCCUGGUGGUCGCGGGGGACAUCGCUGUCUACGCCACCGGAAAUGCUAGACCCACAGGUGGAGUUGGAGCUGUCGCUCUGCUAAUUGGACCAAACGCCCCCUUAAUUUUUGACCGAGGGCUGCGUGGCACCCACAUGCAGCACGCCUAUGACUUUUACAAGCCUGACAUGCUCUCUGAGUACCCUGUUGUGGAUGGAAAGCUCUCCAUUCAGUGCUACCUCAGUGCACUAGACCGCUGCUAUUCUGUCUACCGGAAAAAGGUCCGCGCCCAGUGGCAGAAGGAGGGAAAUGAUAAAGAUUUUACUUUGAAUGACUUUGGCUUCGUGAUCUUCCACUCGCCGUACUGUAAACUGGUUCAGAAAUCUCUAGCCCGGAUGUUGCUGAAUGACUUUCUGAAUGACCAAAACAGAGAUAAAAAUAGCAUCUACAGAGGCCUGGAAGCCUUUGGGGAUGUUAAAUUAGAAGAUACUUACUUUGACCGAGAUGUGGAAAAGGCAUUUAUGAAGGCUAGUUCUGAACUCUUCAAUCAGAAAACAAAAGCGUCUUUGCUUGUAUCCAAUCAGAAUGGGAACAUGUACACGUCCUCAGUCUAUGGCUCACUUGCUUCUCUUCUGGCACAGUACUCACCUCAGCAGUUGGCAGGGAAGAGGAUUGGCAUCUUCUCCUAUGGUUCUGGUCUGGCUGCCACUUUGUACUCCCUGAGAGUCACACAGGAUGCCACACCAGGGUCUGCUCUGGAUAAAAUAACAGCAAGCGUCUGUGACCUUAAAUCAAGACUUGACUCAAGAACCUGUGUAGCACCAGAUGUCUUUGCAGAGACUAUGAAGCUCAGAGAGGACACUCAUCACUUGGGCAACUAUAUUCCCCAGGGUUCGAUCGAUUCCCUCUUUGAAGGAACGUGGUACCUGGUGCGAGUGGAUGAAAUGCACCGGAGGACCUACGCCCGCCGCCCCGCCCCGAGCGAUGACACUCUGGAGGAAGGCGUGGGCCUCGUGCAUUCCAGCACAGCAGCUGAGCAUAUUCCAAGUCCUGCUAAGAAAGUGCCAAGACUCCCUGCCACAGGCGUUGAGCCAGAAGCGGCUGUCCUUAGUAACGGGGAACACUGAAAACUGUGAAGGGCAGACGUCACCGUGGGUUCUGGGGUGGGACGAUG